UGGUCGCGGCUUCGCUGUCCGCGCCCCACUUUCCCGUCCACGCUCCGCCUCCCGCUGGCGGGAUGGUCUGCGGUGGAGGAAAUGACGCAAGGCCUAGGCCCGAGGGCCGCGCCGGGGGCCGCACGCAGUUCUGGGCAGCACCCGAGUCGGUCCGGAGCAGUAUGGAUCUCUUCCUUUUCCUCGUCCUUAUCGUGCAGGCCGGAAGCUGGGCUGAGAUGGGCGCCGCGGAUCAGAAGCUGUCCACGGUGCCGACACCAACCAAUCUUAGAAUUGAGGCCUAUAACUUGAAUACUGUUCUAUUUUGGGAUUACCCAAUUAUGCCACGGAGCCCUGUGUUUACCGUACAGGUGAUGACCUAUAGGGACGGGAAGUGGAUUGAUGCCUGCAAUACCUCCCAUCAUUCUUGUAAUAUCUUUUCCAUAAUUGAUGAUCCGUCAAGCCCUCUCUGGGCUAGAGUUAAAGCUAGGCUUGGACAAGAGGAGUCAGUCUAUGCACAGUCAAGAGAAUUUAUUUUAUGCAAAGAAGGGAAAAUUGGACCACCUAAACUGGGUAUCAGAAAGAAGGAAGACCAAAUCAUUGUUGAUAUAUUUCACCCUUUAAUUACUGUAAAUGAAAACGAACCAGAAGCCAUAUAUGAUGAUGAAAAUACUUGUUAUACAUUCACAUACAAUGUGUUUGUGAGAAUAAAUGGAAGUGAGACCACAGAUAAAAUGUACAUAAAGAAAGAAGAUGAUUGUAACGAGACUCAGUGCUUCUUAAGUAUUCCUGUGUCCUCGCUGAAUUCUGAGUACUGUGUUUCCGCGGAAGGAGUCUCAGAAACGUGGGCUGUUACAACUGAGAAGGCGGAAGAACUUUGUAUUACCAUUUCUGAUAAUAACAGCACAGGUGAUCCUGUUUGGAUUCCAAUUGUUGCUGCUUUACUACUCUUUCUAGUACUUGCCGUGGUAGUUGUAUGUUGUCUCGUUAAGAAGAUGAAUCCAUUUAAGAGAGAAAACAUCAUGUUACCCAAAUCCUUGCUGUCUGUGGUUAAAAGUGCCUCUUCAGAGACAAAAUCUGAAUCAAAAUAUAUAUCGCCCAUCACCUACCAACCAAUUGCCAUAGAAAAUGAGCAGCUCUCUCCAGGGACAAUUUCAAGCGUGCAUACUGAGGACAAUCCAGGAAAAGCAGAACAUGGAGAAGAUCUUUCUAGUGAAACAGAAGUGGUGAUCACUGAAGAAAAUAUUUCUGACUUGGCCCCUGGUAGCUCUCUGACCCCAGUAAAGGGAGAAAAUUCUAUCCACGCAAGCAGUAACCAGUCCGAAACCUGCAGCAUCACUUUAAAUGCGUAUCACUCCAGAAAUGGUUCUGAUAGUGGCCUUGUGGUAUCGGACAACUGCUCUGACUCAGAAUUUCCCCCAAGUAAUAAAAGUGAAGUAAAGACAGAAGGACAAGGGUCCAUAACGCUGAGAAACACUACCACCUCCUUUGGUUAUGACAAACCCCAUGUGUUAGUGGAUCUGCUUGUAGAUGAAGGUGGUAAAGAGUCCUUGAUUGGUUAUAGACCUACAGCAGAUUCCAAAGAGUUUUCGUAAGAUCAACCAAGGUCACCAACUUGGAAGGAUCUGCUUUUCCUGAACAGUUUUUCUGCUUUGAUUUCAUGAAAAGAUCAUGAUUUCAGAAAUUGUGUCUUCUUGAUAUUAAUCAAAUGGAAUGUCAUGGUUUGGAUAAAAGUGUAAAGAGCCUGUUUGACACCGUCACUUUUGGUCGGAAAACUGCAGAGUCUUUAAAAAAAAACAAAAACCACUGUCACGUGAACCUUUCCAUCUAGAUUUGUGAACAGUAACAGUGAGUGGUCUCUAAUAACCCUGCUUCCUAUAAUGGUAGGUGUUACCCCCAGGGUCCUUUGUAACCACUUCAAGAGAUAAAAUGGAUUUUUUCCUUUCUGUGCCUCAGCAUGGUAUUUGUUUUUGGAAGUUUAUGUAUAUAGUCUUUUCUAAUACUUUCAGAAAAAACAUGAAUGCUUUUCAAAAUUGUACUUAAAAUUGAAAUCAAUAGUGUUAGUAGAGUGUGUAAAUAAAAACAUGUAUAUAUUUUUUAUGGAACAUUGCAUUUAAGGGUUUUUAUAAUAAAGUAACUUCAAAGUU